CAAACCGCGCCUGGGACGGGGGCUGGCAGUCAACAGCCCCGAAAGAAAACACAAUGUAAAAGUAUAAAAAGAACACACAACGCAAACGGUAGAUUUUUCUAAGUAUUCGUUCCAUGACUUCCGUCAGUCAACGCAUCGUAACAACGCUUGCUGUUUGGAAGAGAGCGAAUGGCCAGUGAAGGCACAGAGUAAUCCCGUGAAAGCAGACAGAUACCAUGCAGAUGAGUGAUGGCCCCAGUCGCGUCCCCGUCUUUGUGGCCCCGCCCAACGGUAACCUCCGGUCGCCAGGAUGCGUCCCCGGCAGGGUCAUACCUGUCCGCUCCCCGCCUCCGGCCAAGGCCCCACCCCCUCCCCCUCUGAAGUCCAUUGGCCCGCCUCCUGAGUGCCGGGCAACCUUUAACCUAUCAGAGGAGGGCCAGCACCGGGAGCGUGCUCAGAUUCUGAGGAAGAACACCUUCAUCUGCUUUAGUGUCUCCCUGGGGGCCUUUUUCCUCUUGCUCAUCCUCAUCCUCAGCCUCACCAGUGGAGACGUGUUGGACGAGAACUGUCCAGACCACAGCCCCUCCCUGAGCAGCUGGAACCCAGGUCACAACCCAGAGAAGGCCAUGGUCGUCCGAGGGGGAGAUCUGUUUCGAUUGGACUCUUCUGCUACCUUCUACUCGCUAACCAUCCAAUCAGGAGGCCGAGUGGUCUUUGCAGACAAUACUGAGGGCUCCAAAAACAUCACUCUCAGAACACGUAAUGUGCUGAUUGAAGACGGGGGUUCGCUGCACAUCGGUGCCCCCAAAUGCCGCUACCGCUCCUGGGCCACCAUCACCCUCCUGGGCCGUUCAGACGAGAAGGCCGUAGCAGAAGUACCGGAACUGGGCCGGAAGUUCAUUGGGGUACGUGGAGGCGCAACCCUGGAGCUUCACGGGGCAGAGAGGCUGUCGUGGACCCUCCUGACCCGCAGCAUCCCCUCCUCAGGCCUAGCCACGGGGGGCUAUGCCUUUCAGCGCAACUUUAGCCGUGGCAUCAACCUGCGUGUGGUGGACCAGGACACGGCCGCCGUUCUGUUCACCGAGCGCUACGACACAUAUGAGUCACGGAACGACAGUCGGCGGCUCAUGCAGCUUCUCCAGUCGCUGCCUGCGGGGCGCAUCGUCACGCUGGCCGUGGGAGACUCUGCCACCAAGAACCUGCUGGACGAGACCAAGAGAACCAUCCAGAGCCUGCUGGGUAGUACCUACGUCCAUGACCUCAAAUACAGGCAGGCCUGGGCACUGGUAUCUGUAAUUGGUGGAGGGAACGGCUCGUGUUCCGAGGACGUGCGGGAACAUGAGAACCAUGACACGGGAGGAAAGGCGCUGGCCCGGAAGAACUUCAGCACUGUGGACGGGGUCGGCUUCUCUGUCACCGCGUACAGCGAAUGGAGGAACGGUUUUCCCAUAUCUGGGUUCCAGGUGGAUGCUGUGGACCAGGUAGUCCUCAACCUGCAGGAUGAUGUACACACCUGGCAACCCGGGAACCAUAUUGUGGUUGCCAGUACUGACUAUUCCAUGCAUCAGGCAGAGGAGUUCACACUCCUUCCCUGCCCCCACUGCACCAGCAGACAGGUCAGAGUUCAAGGGAGGCCCCAGUUUGGUCACAUGGGGGAGAUUGUGGACGGGGUGGACAUGCGAGCGGAGGUGGCACUGCUCAGCAGGAACAUACUCAUCUAUGGGGAGAUGGAAAACACCUGCUAUGGAAACAACUGGUGCCAGUUCUUUAGCCACGACACAUACGGCGGACACAUCAAGAUAUUUGGGAACUUCACUUCGGUGCACCUGUCCCACGUGGAGCUGAGGAACAUGGGGCAGCAGGAGCAGGGCCGCUACCCGGUCCACUUCCACCGCUGUGGGGAUGUUGACUGGCGAGGGGGCUACCGGGAACCAGCAUAUGUGGACGGCCUCUCCAUCCACCACUCCUUCUCCCGCUGCAUCACCAUCCAUGCCACCAAUGGCCUGCUGGUGAAGGACACUGUAGGCUAUGACACCCUGGGUCACUGUUUCUUCCUGGAGGACGGGAUGGAGCAGAGGAACACGUUCUUCCACAACCUGGGUUUGGUGACCCGACCGGGAACGCUCCUGCCCACCGACCGCAACGAGACCAUGUGCACCAGCAUCCGAGACAAAGUGUAUAAGAACUAUACACCUUCGCCGAGCAUGGAGUGCAAGGCAGUGUCUACGUUCUGGAUCGCCAACCCCAAUAAUAACCUCAUAAGCAACGCUGCUGCUGGCUCCCAGGAUGCUGGGAUAUGGUAUGUGUUCCACAGCUCAUCCACAGGGGACUCUCAUGGGCUGGUUCCAGAGACCCGGGCCGAACUGACCCCUUUGGGGAUCUUCUACAACAACCGUGUGCACUCCAACUUUAAGGCUGGGCUCUUCAUUGAUAAAGGUGUGAAGACCACCAAUGCCAGUGCUGCAGACCCCCGGGAGUACCUGUGUCUGGACAACAACGCCAGGUUCCGUCCACAUGAGAAUGCAGACCCAAACCGUCCCAGGGUGGCUGCUCUCAUCGACACACUCAUCGCCUUUAAGAACAACGACCUCGGAGCCUGGAUACGAGGCGGUGACAUUACCAUUCAGAACUCUGGAUUUGCAGACAAUGGGGUGGGACUCUCCUUUGCGAGUGACGGUAGUUAUCCUAAGGACGAGGGUUCCAGUCAGGAAGUGACUCAGUCUCUGUUUGUGGGAGAGAGCCGGAACCGUGGCUUCAACGGAGGCCAGAACAAGUACUGGGGCCAGGGAGGAGCAGACGGCAAGAUGAGGACACUACCCAGGAACAGGACGUUCCCGAUCCGCGGCUUCCAGAUCUAUGACGGUCCUGUGCGGAUCACUCAGAGCACAUUCCGAAAUUACAUCCCGACGAAGGAGCGUUUCACCAGCGCGGUGGGCUUCAACCUAAAGAACACCUGGCAGCUCACACCACGCAACAACCUGUCCAAGCUUAGCUUCCAGCCCACUGUGGGUCUGAAGGCAUUCUUCGGGCGUCCGGGCCAGUGGUUCGACGAGAAUGAUCUGGACGGGGAUAAGAACUCCAUCUUCCAUGACGUGGACGGCUCUGUGACGGGCUACAGGGACACGUAUGUAGGCAGAGCAGACAACUACCUGAUCCGUCACCCCGGCUGUGUCAACAUCACCCAGUGGAACGGAGUGGUCUGCAGUGGCACCUACUCUCAGGUGUAUAUCCAGACCCAGGGAGCUUCCAGCCUCAGUCUGUCCAUCAGUAGAGAUGACUACCCUGAGGCUCCUCUGGUGCUGAGGGGUAUUAACAGCCAGGGGGCGCUGUCCCAGCAGUACCAGCCUAUCCUCAUGAUGAGCAAGAGCUACACCCUGCAUUGGAACGGCCCGGCUCCCAGAGAGAUUGUCCUUUCCCUCAUUAACUUCAACCAAGGUGACUGGGCGCUGGUGGGUCUCUGCUACCCGUCCGACACCACCUUCCAGGUCAUGGCUGACAUCAACGACCGCCAGAGUAACAUCUUCGAUGACAUCAGCGACUAUGGGCCUGUGUUCUCCCUCGCUGAACUGGAGAAGAGGCUGCUGGAGAGGAAGUAUUUCUUUGACCGCAGUGUGGGCUUGCUGUGGCUGUAUUUGCGGGCGAGGCAGGGGCGCGAUGGCCACAGUUACUGCUCGGUUAAGGGCUGCGAGAGAGUGAAGGUGAUGGCCAGCACGUCGUCCUCCAAACUGACCUGUAACUGCACGGCCAAGGCCUACCCCAAAUACACCAAGACUCCCUCGGCAGUGGUCCCCAUGCCCACCCUCAGCACCCAACCAUGCAAGGACUGUGGGGCCUCUCAGCUGGUGUUUUCCAGUGACCCGUGGAACUCCUACCUCCAAACUCAGAUCAAAUCGCUCAGCAGCAAGGAGCAGCAGACUGGAGACACACAAUCCUUUAUCACUGUGAACAGUGAGACAUUCUCCUUCACACAGCCAGGCAUCUUCCUGGUCUCUGUUGAUGCCUGCUCUGGAAAAGUCACAAAUAAGAGAUCUUUCUCCAAAAUGGACUCCAAAAUGGAGGAGUAUCUUAAAACUGGAUUACCAAAGAGGUCAAUAGUACUUCUGGGAACGCGAGGGCAGCCCGAUGGCUUGGUCAGUGUUGCACGAUAUCUGGUCCCCCUGGGCAUGACUAAGGCAGCAGAUCUGCAGAGUAAAGAGAGCCUGGUGUUUUGGGGGUUCCAGGGUGGCUCUGCCCCCACUCCGUGGGCCUCCAUCCUGGUUGGGCAGGGUGAGGAGGGGCUGGGGCUGCAGGAGCGCUACCUCCCCCUGGGCCUGGAGGCCUACGGCUGCACACAGACCAGCACACGCAGAGACCUGGAGCUACUGAGGACCGCCACAGGACCACAAUGACAAAUGUGAACACAAUUUAACCAAAACACAACCAACCAGCAAAUGAAUGUGAACUGCUGAACUUUUAUUUAUUAUUUUAUUGGCAAAGAUGUUUAAUAAUUUGGGGGGUAAUUUACUGUGUGUGUGUGUGUGUUUGCGUGGGUGUGAUGUGUGUGUGUGUGUUAAAUUUGACUGGGAAGUGGGAAUCAAUGGGGAUGGACCCAGAAUGGAACUAUAAGAGCAAAUUAACAAAGUAAGUAACCACAUCAAACGUGUGGUCUGUCACUUCUAUCCAGUUACCCCUGUUACCCCUUUUCUGCAGUUUUUGCGUGUCCCUGGGGGCAUUUUGUUCAGCGACUAGAUCUGUUAAGGGCAGCUGUAUCUUAAUGAAAACAUUUUGUAUUGGAAUCUGAGAUUGUUGUAUUUCCAACAAACCUUUUUUCCCAGGAUGUGUCCUUUUUUGUUCCAUAUUUAUUUGAUAUCUACACAGUGACACUUUCCCCUAGGGCUGGCUACGCAUGCAGCAGAGAUGGUUUGUUUCUCGUUUUCUUCUCAUUAUCUUACCGUUGAAACUGCAUUUCCAACUAAUUUACUUUUAGUGUGGUCAUGUAUAUUGUUUAUUAUGUAUAAAUGCCAAAAGUAUGUGUUACGGGGGGACAUUUUACAAGGUAAAUAUUGCCUUGAAACGAACACAGACUAGUAGUCCGUACCAAAACCAUGGCUUACUGUACCUCUGUGGCCUCAGCAGGUGAUUUGAGCAGGGCUCCCCCACUGUGCCGGCGAUUAGUGACUUUCUGUAUGUGAUUGGGUGCAUUCAUUUUAGCUCGCCCGGUAAAGAUUUCACUUUAAGAUCUAAGAAAUGGUCAAACAUUUGCGAACUCUGCCUACCCGGUGCCCUGGACGAGCUAAAAUUAAUGCAACCAUUGUGAGAGAGCCUCUGAAGAGAAGGACCUGCUUUUGAACCACUGUUCUGCUGUAUAUAAGAUGUUUUUUGUUAUGCAAAUGCUUUUAAGAUGCACACUCCAAAUUGAGCACUUUGAAUAGGAAUGAGUAUUGAGGGAUGUUGAGAAGCUGUCUGUAUACUGUAUGAGUGCCUUUCAAUUUGCUAUGAGUUGUAUUUGAAAUGUUGAAUCACUAUACUCAUGAGAGUUUAUUUCUUUAAUCAAACCUUUAUAUUUGAAUUCUCACAUCCUCAGUGCUCUUCUGAAAUUGCAGAGAUGAUAACUUUGUGAUAAAGUGUCCUGUCAUCA